AUGGUAGACGAUGUGAGAGGAUACGAUAUUCCACUCAUUACAUUUAUUCUCAAGAAGGUUCACUUGAUUGACACGAAAAUGACACAAGUUGGAGAGAAGUCGUCCAUAAAGGCAAAAAUCAUUGGGUACAUUCAAGCAGACUAUUACAACUUGAAGAUUGCAUCAUGGGAACCAAUUAUUGAACCCUAUGGUAUUGAAUUCUUCUUUAGAAGAAAACCCACUUCCAAGUCUACAACAGCAACCAUUGAUCGUUUCGAAAUUAGAGAUUUAGACAUUCCAAAAUACAAACAAUUGUAUCAUUUGGAAGAAUUUGAUGGACUUUUAUUGAAUGUUACUCAAUCCAUGAUUAACACAGUGUCAUCAACAGCUAAACUUUGGAAAGAAGAAUUCUACACUGAGACUAAAGUAUCAAAGAAAUUUGAUCCAUAUUGCAUUCGUAAUCAUACAGGACAUGUCAUCAAGCUCAUUUUCCCUUACAAUACACAGCUUCAAAAAGCAGAUGUGUACGAAAUUGGAACAGGUCAAGAAGUCAACUUUUCACUUCCAGAAGAUAAGGCUCGAGGAGCGUUGCAUGCCAUUACCGUAGAUGUGCCAGGAUUUAACAAGCUUCAAUUAGAGUUGAAACAAACUGGAAAGCAACAUAUUAAGAACACUCGAAAUGAAAUUUGUAUGGUUGACAAUGAUUUAAUCGAAGGAAGAAAAAUUAUUACCAUAAGCUCGGGCAUGCAGAUACGAAACAUGUGCAAUAUUUCUUGGGAAAUUGGAUCUCUCAAUAUUGGAAAUAAGAGCAUCACACGAUUUGGUGUGAUUGCUCCUAAAGAAUAUAUGGGUAUUCCUGUAACAAGCAUACCAGAAGAUAUUCUGUGUAUUCGACCAGUAUUUCAUACGAAACAAAAAGACGAGGAAUCAUCAUCAUCUCAACAACAAGGAACAUCCAACCAAACCACCCCUGUAGCUACCAAUUAUCAAUGGAGUGUUCCUUCUGGAGGCUUGAAAUUUACAGAACUACUCAAACUCUACAAGGGCUCCAAGAACGUUACCAUUCCAAACACCUCUGGACCCAACAUGUUUGCCAUUGUAAGAACCAACUUUGCACUCGAAACUGAUUAUCAAGAAUUUAGACAAAAGUACUCGGAGGUACCACUACUUUUCCAACGAUUCUAUUGCACUUUGGAUAUUAAGCCUCCACUCUCCAUUGACAAUACUCUCGGAAAAGCCAUCGAUUACACUCUCUUUUCACAGCAAUCACAAAAUCCUAAUACUCGAACAAUCGUCCAAGAAGGAACCAUGGCCAAAGGAGAACGUAUUUUCAUUUACUCUGCCGAAAUGAAUAACAACAUUUUACUCAAAGUCAAAAUGGGAAGAGAAUGGAUUGCAAAAGAACUUGCUCUCAUUCACCUUGUUAAGCGAGAGAGCGGUAAUAACCAAAGUAGUAGUGGCAUGUCACUUCAACACUCAACACAUGUUACUCUCGAGAAUUCUACGAACAAUAUUUCCAGAAUUUACAUUGACUACUCGGAAGGAAAUACAUUGGCCUAUCGAGAAAUUGUUCUCUUCUCACCCUAUUGGAUUGUGAAUCAUACGGGAGAAAUUGUGGCUGUGAAAACAUCAAAAGAUCGCUAUUCCAUAACGCCUGGAGACUCUUUAAUGUAUUCAGAAGCGUAUGAUCGUGAAAAGAUUGCCAUCAUGGUUGACAACUCUGGAGCAAGUACCAAUUUCUCACUCACCAACGUUGGUACCAGUGGUAACUUUGCAGUUUCUUCUGACACUAGAAAGUAUUCCAUUGGCUACUUUAUUUCGUUGGGAGAAGGCAAAUUUUACAGAACUAAAGUAUUGACUCUUAGUCCUCGAUAUGUCAUUGUGAAUUCUACAGAUGAGAAGAUUGUUAUUCGGCAAUGUUUCACAAAUAAUGAUCAUUUGGUCGUUCCCAUUGAAGUGGAGCCCAAUACCAAUGUGAAUUAUUAUUGGAAGGAAUUGGAAGUGAAUGAACCUCAAAUUUCAGUGAAAGUGGCAUCCAAUGACAAGAUUGCAUGGUCAGCUCCAUUCAAUACCAAUGCCCUCGGAGAAACCUUCCUCAAAUUGAAACAUGAAGAUUAUCCUAAUAGACCUAUCGGAUUGCUCUUAUCGGUGGACGUUCAAGAAACACAAGGAACUGUAUUCUUAAUGAUUCAAAAGCCAAAGAAGCCACCCUAUCUGAUUGACAAUCAACUCGAUGAAGAUGUUUUCUUUGCUCAAAAGGGAGUUGAAAAAUGGUGGACAGUGAAACCACUCCAAAUGACUCCCUAUGUUUGGGAUGACAAUAAGGGCGCUCAUGGCCUUCAGCUUCGUAUUGGAAAUGUAAUUAUUAAGGACGACAUUGACAUUGAUCGAAUUGGUAAAGACAAGAGAAUCAAGUUGGGAUCCAAAGGAAUGGCCUAUCUUCGAGUGAAACCAGUGGGUCCAACCAGAGUUUUAAUUUUAACCAAAGAAAAACUACAAAGUGUGAACAAACUCAUUACACAAAGCUUUAAAUUGAAGCGAAAGAGACGAUCCACACAAGGAGAAAAUAUCAAACCUCUCAUUAAGCAUGUGUCAAGCAUCGGUUCUUCCAUGCAAAGUUCAACUGCCUCAGAAGGUCAAAUUAGCGAUUUCACAGAGGAAGAAGAAGAAGAGUUCAAUCAAUUCAUGCUCGCAGAAAUUAAUCAAAUUGGAAUUUCAUUUAUUGACAACACUCCAAGUGAAGUGGCCUACAUGUUACUGGGUGGACUUACCUUGCGGUAUGCCACCACCGACAAGCAUCAAUUUAUUGAAACACUCCUGUAUCGGUUGCAAUUAGAUCAUCAAGAUUACAAUGCUACUUACCCUGUCAUUCUGUGUAACAUUAACGAGCCUGGACAAGAAUUUCUUCACUUUAGCAUGUGUCGAUCUAUUGAAAAUAACACCAACGUCAAUACCUUCCCAUACAUGUCGAUCACAUGCGAGAAGCACGUUGUGAAAUUGAUUACAUUUUUAUUUCCAAAUUUGUGA